UUGGUGUGAAUGUGCCUCGUAGUGCGCUGCCUUUACGUCAACUUACAAGUGUGAGCAAUAUUGUCAGGAAUUCUCCAAGUCUACCAGAGGCUUCUGUGAUGAUGAAUAAAUGAAUGAAUGAAUGUGUGUUUGUUUUCGAGAAGGAACCACGAGCCAGAAGUCAUGCCUGUGUUGUUGUGAAGAAGUGUGUGUGUGUGUGUGUGUGUGAGAUCAUAUGAGAGAACCAUGACAAGAGUAGCACUCACUAAACUCUUCACCCUCGUGAUUCUCGCCUUCAUCAUCUGCCUGCCAGAAUUCUUCUCAUCAAACAGAGUAUCCAAGGUUAAUUUCCACUGUCUGCCCCACCGACACUGUAAGCGUGGGAACCAGACGAAGAGAGGUGAAAAUGGGAAAAUUGUGGAUGCUGACAUUAAGAGAAACGAUGAGUGUGACCCUUCUCAGAGUGCAGAGCAGGAGAAGUGGGAGACGGCCUGCACACAGUGGAGUCAAAACAACACGACAGAUCGUGCACCAGACUCCAGGAGAGUCGGUGAUGAUUUAGAAGAGAGCUGGUUCAUGUGUCAAACAGAUAUGGACAUGACAGCAUUACACAGGAACAUGUCAUAUUCAGCUCCUGCUGUUUUAAAGGUACACCUGGAAGUGUCAGUGGAGAUUCAGCUGAGUGAAGCAGAGACUGUGAAUCUCACCUUGUAUGGCCACAGUAAUAACUACACCUUAGACCUCCACCCACCUGAGGAGCAGAAGGAAGAGAAGGAGGAAGAGAAGGAGGCUGGUGAAGGACUGCAGGUUUUCUACUGCUGUCUCUCUGUCCUUUCCACCUCAGAGUCAGGCAAUCACAGCCGCUGUCUCCUUUGGCUCGCCAAUCGAACACUUUCAACUGCAACAGCAAAAGAGAAGCCACAGUGGAUACAGACACAGAAAGAUGAGUGGCAGUGUAACGUCUGGGGGAUCUGGUUGGCUCUCUUGUGUGUGGUGCUCCUGACUGUAGUUACAAUUGUGCUUUGGCAAAUUUACCUCGGCAUACAGCCACGCAGAACUCGAACGAUGUACAAUUUUGGGAACGUCACUGUUCAGCAAUUAAAUGCUGGUGAGAUGCACAAAGAAACACUCUCUCCCGAAGAACUGUCACCAAUAGAAGAGGCUCACUCUCAAGAAGAGGCAGAAACUCUGCUGGACGGAAAUGUUAACGCAAACCUGCAUCUCCAUCGCCACCUGCCAUCCGCCUCCAUCACUGAAGAGCGAGAGGAAAAGCACGAACAUGGACUUCAAGGGAAAAAUAAAACAACUGCUUCACACACUUUUCAAAAAUAAUGAUAAUAAAAAAAAAAACAUCUGACAAGAUGGUUAAAACGUGUUUAUUUUCUUAAAUACAUCAUCAAACAGUCUCAGGGCAUUUUAUUAUAGGGCAAUUUUAAUACAUCUGUGUGUCUGUUGUCAAAUU